GGACGGACCCAAAAUGCUUGCUGCGCCCCCUCCAACACAGGAAAAAAAAACCUUGAUACUUCGCAGGUAGCUUUCGGUUUCUUCCUUUUUUUCGUGCGCUGACUGUUCUUCUCUUCUCUUUCCUCGCUCCUCUCGCUACUAUUCAAGGCACUGUACUAUCCCUUCCUUGCUAAUCUCCUUCUUCCAAGCUUUUAACUGUUCACAUCAGAAUGGCCUUACAAUCAGCAAGCAACCCAACUACCCCUAGUGCCCAAGUGGUUGGAAAUGCUUUUGUUGAGCAGUAUUACCAUAUUCUUCACACCUCACCAGAAUUAGUUUAUAGAUUUUAUCAGGAUUCAAGUGUGCUCAGCCGGCCAGAUGCCAAUGGUAUGAUGACAUCAGUGGCAACCAUGCAAGGUAUCAAUGAGAAGAUACUUUCUCUGAAUUUCAAGGACUAUAAGGCAGAAAUAAAAACAGCAGAUGCUCAAAAAUCUUAUAAAGAAGGGGUUACUGUGUUAGUAACUGGAUGCUUGAUGGGCAAGGACAACUUGAAAAGGAAAUUUGCUCAGUCAUUUUUUCUUGCACCACAAGACAAUGGGUACUUUGUUUUGAAUGAUGUUUUCAGGUAUGUGGAGGACAAUGAACCAUUGGAGAAUCACCCAGUUAAUGGUAUUGAUAACACCUCAACUGUCCCCUCCAUCCCAGAUUCAGAGCCUUCUCAUGUUCCUGAUCCUCCCGCACCAGACCCAGCAAUAUCAAUUGUGGAACAAGAUAAAAAUGUUGCUGAGGAAGUUAAUGAUCCUGUGGACUCUGAGAAACAGUUAAUUUAUGAAAAAGAGGUGGUCGUGGAAUCGGAAUCUCAUUCUAAUGGGAAUGAUGUUUCUGUAGUUGUUGAAUCGACUUCUUCUGCCACUCAAGAGGACACUCCAAAAAAAUCUUAUGCAUCAAUUGUUAAAGUGCCACGAGGGAGUUCAGGUCCAACAAAAGUUUAUGUACCUACUUUUGCUCGAAAAGUGACUUCUAAGAAACCUGAGGAUCAGUCUGUGUCAGUACCACCUGCCACAGAGCCUGAAGCAUCAGUACCAAGUAGCACUGGAACCCCUGACAGUAGCAAUGCUCAAGAGGAGACUGAAGGCCACUCCAUUUACAUCCGUAAUUUGCCGUACAACAUGACGCCUGCUCAGCUCGAGGUGGAAUUUAAGAAAUUUGGACCGAUCAAGCAAGGUGGUAUCCAAGUCAGAUAUAAUAAGCAACAAGGAUACUGUUUUGGUUUUGUUGAAUUUCAUUCAUUGAGCUCCAUGAACAACGCUAUUCAGGCAUCACCCAUGACUAUUGGAGGGCGUCAAGCAGUUAUCGAGAUAAAGAGAACCUCCACUCGAGUUGGUAGUGGAAGAGGUAGGUUUCCUUCUGGAAGGGCAGGAUUUCGAAGUGACAGCUUCAGGGGCCGUGGGAAUUUUGGGGGUAGCCGGAGUUUUGGCAGGAACGAGUAUGGAAACCGGGGUGAAUUUUCUGGUAGAGGCAGGAGUUCAACUGGGAGAGGUGAAGGUUACCAGCAAUGGAGAGGGAGAGGUGGCCGUUCAAGCGGGGCGAAGCAGAACCCAAAUUCUGCAUGAGAUCUAACAACUUGAUUUUUUGGGUAACGUACUUUUGAUAUCAGCAGUGCUUAACACUGGGAAAGAUUAAAAGUCUGUUUUUGUUUUAGGCAUAUUCAUUUGAGAAAUAACUUGUGGAUGCUGAAUUGGAGUAAUGUUGAGAUGGCACAGUUUUAGAAUCUCGUUUAUACAAUUAGGGUAGGCCCAGAAUUUUCCCUAGAUGAUUUAAAAAUCAUCUUUCAGAUUUGUUAGAAACUUCUGUCAUUACUUUAAUGGUGAAGUAGCAUAGUUUUAAUCUUAGGUAGCUGUAAUGAUUCAGAAAUUAAUCAAUUUGCAAGAAUGUCUUAUGACUC